ACCGGGUCAAGUCAACCUCGUUGCUCGUCGUUCUCGCCACCACAACACUUCCUCCUUCUCCCUCCUUUCACACCCAGAACAGUGGUAGCCCCCAGGAGGGUUGAAUGCUCCUUGCCCGAAAUCUUCGUCCCCUGACGACAUCUUCUCUGCUGCCUUUGCGCGCACAAUCUUCCUUUCAUCGUACCCUCAUCUCCACCGCCAUCAGAAUGUCCGCCGCCGACUCCGCCCCCGUCCCUCCCACCUCCGCCCCGGCUACCUGGCCCUCACCCGAGGCCUGGCCGGCCAACAAGGUCCGCGAUACCUUCAUCGAGUACUUUGUCAAGCAGAACGGCUUCGAGCACACCUUCUGGCCUUCUUCCGGCGUCAUCCCCUUCGACGAUGACACCCUUCUCUUCGCCAACGCCGGCAUGAACCAGUACAAGCCGCUGUUCCUCGGCACUGCCGACCCCAAGUCGGACCUGUCCAAGCUUAUCCGUGCUGUUAACUCCCAAAAGUGUAUCCGCGCCGGAGGAAAGCACAAUGACCUGGACGAUGUUGGCAAGGACUCGUACCACCACACGUUCUUCGAGAUGCUUGGCAACUGGUCGUUCGGCAACUACUUCAAGAAGGGCGCCAUUACCAUGGCCUGGGACCUUCUCACUCGCGUCUACGGCAUCCCCGAGGACCGCCUCUACGUGACUUACUUUGAGGGCGACGCGAGCCAGGGCCUCGAGCCCGACCUUGAGGCGAAGCAGAUCUGGGCCGACAUUGGCGUUCCCCUGGACCACAUCCUUCCCGGCAACGCCAAGGACAACUUCUGGGAGAUGGGUGCCACCGGCCCCUGUGGUCCUUGCUCGGAGAUCCACUUCGACCGUAUCGGUGGCCGCAACGCGGCGUCCCUCGUGAACGCCGAUGACCCCGAUGUCCUUGAGAUCUGGAACAAUGUGUUCAUCCAGUUCAACCGCGAGAACGACGGCAGCCUCCGCUCGCUUCCCGCCAAGCACGUUGACACUGGUAUGGGCUUUGAGCGCCUUGUCUCGGUGCUUCACAACGUUCGCUCCAACUACGACACCGAUGUCUUCACGCCCAUCUUCAAGAAGAUUGAGGAGCUCACCGGUGCUCGCCCUUACGCCGGCAAGUUUGGUGCCGAGGAUGUCGGAGAGGUCGACACCGCCUACCGUGUCAUUGCGGACCACAUCCGCACUCUCACCAUCGCCAUCUCGGACGGCGGUGUUCCCGACAAGGACGGCCGUGGCUACGUUCUCCGCCGUAUCCUCCGUCGCGGUGUGCGCUACGCCAACAGCAAGCUCAACGCCCCUACCGGCCAGUUCUUCUCGUCGCUUGUUGACACUGUUGUCGAGAACCUCGGUGGCAUCUUCCCCGAGCUCACCAAGAAGAUUCCCGAGGUCAAGGAGAUCCUCGACGAGGAGGAGCAGUCGUUUGCUCGUACCCUCAAGCGCGGCGAGGUCCUCUUCAACAAGUACGCCGAUGCUGCUCUUGCCACGCCCGAGAAGACUCUCCAGGGCAAGGACACUUGGCGUCUGUAUGACACCUACGGUUUCCCCGUCGACCUUACCGAGAUCAUGGCCGACGAGCGCGGCCUCAAGAUCGACCAGGAGGCCUUUGAGAAGGCUCGUCUUGAGUCGCUCGAGGCUUCGAAGGCUGGCGGCAAGAAGGGCGCCGCCGCCGGUGUGAAGCUCGACGUUCACGACCUCGGUGCCCUCGAGGCCAACGACGCCGUCCCCAAGACCGACGACUCGUUCAAGUACGGCAAGGGUGACGUUGAUGCCAAGGUCAAGGCGAUCUACCACCAGGGCAAGUUCCUCAAGUCGACUGCCGAGGUCCCUACUGGCGAGUCGUUCGGCAUUCUCCUCGACAAGACCAACUUCUACGCCGAGUCUGGUGGUCAGGAGUAUGACACUGGCUCCAUCACCAUUGACGGCCAGGCCGAGUUCAAGGUCGAGGACGUUCAGGUCUUCAACGGCUACGUGCUCCACGUCGGCCAGCUCGCCGAGGGUGAGAUCAAGGUUGACGACUCGGUCAUUGCCUCGUACGAUGAGCUCCGCCGCUGGCCUAUCCGCAACAACCACACCGGCACCCACAUCCUCAACUACGCGCUCCGUGAGGUCCUCGGUGACAGCAUCGACCAGAAGGGAUCCCUUGUUGCGGAGAACCGUCUCCGUUUCGACUUCUCGUACAACAAGUCCAUCCCACCUGCGGAGCUCACCAAGGUUGAGGACAUCUCGAACCAGUGGAUCAAGAAGGCCGCGCCCGUCUACUCGAAGGAGCUCCCUCUCAGCACCGCCAUGAAGAUUCCCGGCCUCCGCGCCGUCUUCGGCGAGCGCUACCCCGACCCCGUUCGCGUCGUCUCCCUCCUCUACCCCCUCGAGGACAUUGAGAAGGACAUUGAGAACAACAAGUGGGCCUCGACCUCGAUCGAGUUCUGCGGUGGCACUCACGUGCAGAAGACGGACGAGAUCAAGGAGCUGGUCAUCAUUGAGGAGUCGUCUAUCGCCAAGGGCAUCCGCCGUAUCGUUGCCGUUACCGGCCAGCACGCCUACGAGGUGCAGCGCAAGGGUGCCGAGUUUGAGAAGAAGCUCGAGCGCAUUGCCGGCCUCGAGGGCAAGGAGAAGGAGGCCGCCCUGAAGCCCUUCCCUGGAGAGCUCGGCAAGAGCGGCAUCUCGCUCCUCACCAAGCACAAGCUCAACGAGCGCUUCAACAAGAUCACUGCCGAGGUCGCCGCUGCCCUCAAGGCGCAGUCUGCGGCUGACCAGAAGAUUGUCACGGACGGCAUCAAGGAGUUCUUUGAGAAGAACCCCAACGCCAACGUCUUUGCUGGCGAGUUCAACGUCGGAGGCAACUCGAAGACUCUUGCUGCUGGCGCCACGACCGGCAAGGCUCUCGGCAAGGCUGUCUACGUCUUCAGCACCGACCCCGAGACCGGCAAGGUCGCCCACGUCAACUACCUCCCCAAGGAGGUGCUUGACCGCAAGGUGCUGAACGCGAAGCAGUGGCUCGCCGAUGUCUCUCAGGUGAUCGGCGGCAAGGGCGGCGGAAAGGACGAGAGCGCGACUGGUGUGGGCUCCAACACGGACAAGGUCAACGAGGCCAUUGCCACUGCGUUGAAGGUGUACAAGGACAAGGUCGAGGCUUAAGCGUUUUGCAUGAGUAGGGUUUGGAUGUCGCAGGGCCAGGGCGAAGGCGAGGGAGGGCCAGCCCGCGCGCAGAGGGCAGGGCCGACGGCGCCUGGCCGAGAGGUCGAGAUAGAUAUGACAUUGGCAUGCAGUAUGUGAGUGUGCGUUCCAGGAGAAAA